GCUAAUACGAAAAAGAUUUGAUGUAGUGACAUUCAAAUUCAAAUUGUUAACAGCCUCACCACCUGCCCUAAUGUUGAAUAAUUCUCAACUAGGUAUGAAUUGACUCCAAGACUGCAUGUUGUGAUCAGCAGCUUUAAUUGCGUGAUAGGUUGUUUCAGUUUUUCCAUUUAUACAAGUCUUGAUAAACAGAAAACAAGAAAGCUCUGGAAAAAUCGCUGCUUUACGAGCGACUCGACGAGUUCGCGUUAUAUAAAUCAGAAAGUGGCCCCAGAGUAUUAAUGGACAGCCAAAACCGUUUGCUGGUGGCAAUCGCGUUAGUGAUUGUUAGUAUAUGUACAGCCACUGAUGUCUUCGGCAAGAAUCAUAUGAAAAACAGAGUGGAAGCCCAAACGUCUCGCACAAGAGAAAUGCAAAAUAUUUCAAACUUUUUAAACAAUGUACUGAAGAACUACGACAAGAAACUAAGACCAAAUGCUGGAGGGAAGCCCGUUGAAGUCGAGGUCGAGUUUAAGGUGGUAUCGCUUGGCGAGAUCAACGAAGCGAGAAUGGAAUACACGAUGGAUAUUUUUUUCCGUCAAUGGUGGAACGACCCUCGGUUUAAACACAACUACACAGAAUCAUUCACAAUGGCUGAGGAUGCAAGUAAAAUAUUCUGGAUUCCGGACACUUACUUUAUCAACUCGAUGAAGUCAAGUUACCACCGGGUAACCAAGGACAACGCUCGAAUCAUUAUCAAACCGGACGGAGAUGUUUAUUAUAGUAUUAGGUUGACCCUGGUUCUUCAGUGCUAUAUGAAUCUGUCACUCUAUCCUAUGGAUACACAAGAAUGCCCGCUUCUCCUGGAAAGCUAUGCAUAUACAAAGCAGGAUGUUUACUAUAUAUGGACAAAGAGAGGAACCAAUGGAAUCGAGAUACUUUCAAARGAGACUGCACAGUUCGAACUUGUUGAAGCAAAGACGAGAAAAAUGGAUCAAAACAAAAUAUCAGGAAACUUUUCUCAGCUGCUUUCAACAUUCACCUUCAAACGUCGUCUCGAAUACUUCGUGAUCACCAUAGUAACGCCAGCA